GACCGAGAGAGAGAUUUUCCCAUUUUCCGAAGCUGAGCGGCAUCAUGACGAGGACUCGAGACGAGUCCUUGCCUUCAGCAGUGCCAGUUCUAGUUUCGUUUCGUUCACGUUCAGUCAGUCAGUCAGUCACUCGGUCGGUCGGGCCAGUCCAGUCAGUCAGGUAGACAUCCCACCACCAGGAAAUCAGUGUUACUGCUAAAGUGUGGUGGAAAUUAAGAGUUUUUCACGAGGUGGAAUGGGAUCCGCGUAGGAUUACGUUUGUCGGUGCGUUUCGAGUACGAUAACGGAAGAUUCGUGUUUUUCGUUUCGAGUGAUGUGUUCAAUCGGCUGAUGUGGACUGGAAGUAAUGGCCAAUGUGGGAACAUUUGUCGAAGUGGGGGGAUGGGCGACCCUGCAGGUUCCGCUAUGUGGACCGUGUCCCAAUGGUGUACGAUUUGAUUGAAUCACGGUGAACCUCCAGCGGCAACUGUACGCGAAAGGUGAUAAAUUGAAAACAGUUCCCGAGCAGAAGAUAUUGAUUGUGUGAAAAACGGACGAUUUUCGGCGCACCUUGCCACCCCUCCCCGCACGUUGCGUUAGGUUAUUCCGUCAUCCUCGCUUUUGGUUGAUCUUCCCAGCACCCCUGGUGUUACAUGCCACCUCACCGGACCAGCAGCUGGCUUCAAAUUGCGAGAGCGGGAGAGCCAAUCGUAGCUGAUGGUGGCUGCGAUUGAUGCGACGACCAGAGCUCAGCACACCGCCUGAACCACCGAGAGACUGAGUUCCCCGAGACUGAGAAAGGACGACUCCACACGUCCACGAGGUGCCACUUGGGAGAAAACCUUGCGAAAUUGUUCAGGAAAACAGCAUACACGUGUGUAGGUGCUAGUUUGCGCUGGUAUGUGCUUCUGAGGAGAUUCUGUGACUUUCCUCACGAACCGGUUCGCAAGGAGAUUGAAGCGAGCUACCUCAGCCUCUCGCGAUUCACGAGAACAGGACAACGGUUUGCCUGUUUUUGGCUGACUCUUCGCUUACUGCUCCACUGGAGUGUGGUGUGUAACUGUUUAGGGCGGUUCCGCAGACUGGUGACUUUGCUCUGCUCCGUUGCAGAAGUGAUUUUCCUGAUUUUCUGGGUUGAACUAGUAACAAACUGGCCUGAAAUGGUGCUUAAAAGGUGGCUAAAGUGAUGUACAUUUCCGAAGACUUGGUGAUUGAGGUAGGACUACAGUACGGAACGGACAAAAGCUCAAAGUCUGUGAAGUGGGUCGUCGCACCAGAACGAAGAAAAUCUGUGUGAAUCGUGUAUGUUAGUUUUCCCUUUUUCCCUGGGAAACCGAGUUUUUCGUCUGCGUUGUUGCUCAAGAUAGAUAGUUCAUCUGCAGUGCAGAUGAUUGGACUAAUUGAAAAUAAAGGAUAGCUUGCAAGAUUUUUAGUCAUCGUAUAGUAUCUGUCAUGAUUCAGUGCAAAAAACCUGAACCUUUGCCAGGCCAAAAUUGCUGGCCCUUGACGCAGCCCCGAAAAUAUCGAUAAAAGAUUGUGUGUAGACCAGUGCAAGAGCGAGAGAGAAAAGCGCAACAAGAGCGAGAGCUACACGAAGGCACUAGCUGCCGCAAGGUGGUCCAACUGAAACGUAAGACCUCAAAUUGACAGAGAACCCGCGAGUGUGAGUGAAAGCCACCAUCGGUUUACUGCUAGUGGAAAAGCCGAUUCCUUGUGCCCAGGCUGCGGAGAACCGCUACAUCGGGGUGUAGGACAGUACCACGAGGGCCGCAGGGAAAGGAAACGUGCAAAUUCGAAUUUUUGUCUCAUUCUCUUGUGCAAACUCCCCAGCAUCGCUACCGCCGCUCCAAUUACCACAACGGACGGUUUGUUUUCGUCGCUCUGAGUGAAGCACCGAGGUGCUCCUCGUGUAUCGCGUGUUGCCUGCAAAAAACUCACAGGGGAAAACGCCACCCACCACCACCCACUCACUCGAAACUCGCACCUUGUGCUCUCUCUCUCGUCCGACUAUCCUCAAACCAUGCAAAGUGUGGCACUCGACGUGUGAAGUGUGUUUAUGCGAAAAACAGAGCCCGAAUUCAGAACAAUAAGUUCAUCGCGUGAAAAACUAGUGUGAAGACAGAAAAAAAGUACACAACUAUUAAACGACGAAACAACGUGUGCUUUUAUCGCUUCUCAAAUACACUUGGAAACGAGUGACGACAUCGUUCGCCGUGUGGGCUUUGAAUUCUGCAUGAGAAUCGGACUCAUAGUGAAAAUUCCUUGAAUCGCGUCUGUGAACGAGUGAAAAUUGUUCCCCCCAUUUCCCCGUUUAACUAGUGUCAGUCAGAUUGAAAACAAUAGAUAGUGUGGUAGCUAUUUUGAAUACAUGAAGCAGACGUUAUGAACAUUACGAUCUAGUGAAGUGUGUGUGUAAAACAACUCAUCUACAUCUAGGAAAUGUAGGUUAAAUAGAGUGAACAAAAAAAUUGAAGAUCCUAGUUCUCCAACUGCUGGGCAGAUCAAAACUUCAAAGAAUUUUCCUGCUGGAAUUUGUAGUGUGUGAAUAUCCUUUAUAAACAUACACAGGCUCAGCGCUGGCGUAACAUAACGACACCGUAGUGCAAGUGGAACUGACGCGAAAAAAGUGGAAAAGGAAAAGCGAUAUAACAGUACAAUCUCAGAGUGGUUGGUCGUGGAAAUUGCACGAGUUACAUAUUUGUGUGGUGAAGUCUUCGACAUUUUUGGGGUAUUACAUCUUGAUUACUGUUGCUGUAUGGUGCGGUGAACACUGAGCGAAGCUGAGCAAGCGAAAAUAAGUGCCCGAACCGCAUCGUGAAUCCGGUCAAAUUCCGUUGAUGUUGCUGCAUUCAAAGUCAUUCCUCCAAUCAAAGAGUGCAACAGCCGGAAAUUGCUAGAGCAACAACAUUCACACUGCACUGGUCGAAGGAGGACGUCGUCGUGCAACGGAGCUCUCCAGGAAACAUCACCGCACCCCCGCACAUGACUUCCCUCCCGGAAGAAUGACGAAAACUGUUUGAAAGACCGUUUUUUUUUUGCGCCCUCUCAUCAUCGUCUCCUUACCUCGGUCGGUGGUCCGGUGGAGUGUUUGUUGCGCUGUUGAGUUGUCAGAACCAGCCUGGACACGGACAGGCAACCAUCACAAAUAUAUACUUUACGGUCAAGCCUUCUGGAGAUACGGACCAGCGGAAGGACGGACGAACGGACGGAAGUGUAGUGUUGAAAGUGUUGUGCUCGGAUCGGAUCGGAUCAGAUCGGACGACUCUUGGUGAGCGGGGGUUGGUGAAGUGAAGUGAGUCGCGCGACGAGUUUCUUCGGGCGAUUUCUAAAAGUGUGUGGAAUGGAAAAGCUUGGGCAUUGCUGAGGGAAAUUGUGAAUAAACAGAGAGCGGUGCUGCGCCUUUGGUGAAGAAUAAACGCUCGGAGCUGUUUGCCGGUGGAAAAAGUUCGAACAUUGAGUGAAGAGUGAUUAAGCAGAAGUGUGUUCAGUAGUUGAUUGGAAUUUACGUAGGAAUCUCUCGAUAGUUAAAGUGACUGUGUCAAGUGUUGUGUUUCUUAAUUUGAAUUCAAACCCAGAUAACUUCAUCUGGCCUAUACACCUGGUUGUAAAAUCCAGAAAUCAUCUAUCCGAAAUAGUCGUCUGAAUCAUCUAUGCUCAUCACAUCCCAGUGACAAAAACGACCAUCCUUCUCAUCAGCAGGAGCAGCGCAAUCUAUUAUACUACUGGUGGAUGCUCGAAAUGGCUGGAUUGUCUAUUAAGCCGGCCGUCUCCAUGUUAUGGCGGCAAACGGCGACCCUUCGAUGAUCUCUCCUCCGUCUUCCAUCUCGAACGGCCCGGAGCCACAGUUACCGCCGUUGCCACCGCCGUUACGUUCGACCCAAGUGCUGCAGCCGCUGUCAGUGUUUCCAGAUUAUUUCACCCGCAUUCCAGUUACAACCUUGAGUCAGGAAGCUACGUAUGAGUAUGUCUUUGGAGGGCCCCUGGACUCGCACGCCCUGUCAUCAACGCUUAAGCUGACCUCACCUCCAAUACGACUGCGCCCGGACGUCUACCGUUCCCAAUCGAUCGACUCGCAGCGCAGCAGUGGCGUAGACGAUGGGCGAUCGUCAUCCGCUCAGCACUCACAGCAUCAUCGUUCAUCCCGUGCGAGUUCACUUAAGCGAUCAGGAUACGUAGGAAACGACGGAACCGCUUCCAUUGGCUCUCGCAAGAGCAAUCGUAGCGAUGGGGAGGAUGAGGACUCACUGCGUCAAUUGCUUAUCGAAUUGCAGAAGCAGGUCAGCGUGAUGAGCAUGAAUCUGUCGGCCAAGUUAGACGAUCUGCAGCGGGGUGACCGGCACUUCGAGACCACGGUCGCCCUCUGCGAGAUCCGAACGCAACUGCAGGAGCUCACCAAAUCGGUGGAGAGCUGCCAGACCGAGGUCUCGGAGGUGAAACGUGAUAUGGUACAAAUCAAGCAUGAGCUGGAUACCGUGCAACAGGUGAAGGAGGAGAUCGAAGAGCUGCGGGAGUACGUGGACCGGCUGGAGGAGCACACGCACCGGCGAAAAUUACGCCUGCUGGAGCAAGGUCUCACGUUCUUCCUGACGUAUGCCAUCUUUGCGGCCGUCCUCGGGAUGCUCCAGUUCGGUUACAAUACCGGCGUCAUCAAUGCUCCCGAGGUGAACAUCGAGAACUUCAUGAAGGAUGUCUACAAGGACCGCUACGGGGAGGACAUCAGCGAGGAGUUCAUCCAGCAGCUCUACUCGGUGGCGGUGUCGAUCUUUGCCAUCGGUGGUAUGCUCGGGGGCUUCAGCGGCGGGUGGAUGGCCAACCGGUUCGGAAGGAAGGGUGGCCUGUUGCUUAACAACGUGCUCGGUAUCGCGGGUGCAUGCCUGAUGGGAUUCACGAAAAUGAGUCAUUCCUAUGAAAUUCUAUUCCUCGGACGAUUUAUAAUUGGUGUCAAUUGUGGCUUAAACACAUCAUUAGUACCAAUGUAUAUAUCUGAAAUUGCUCCAUUAAAUUUAAGAGGUGGUUUAGGUACCGUUAACCAAUUGGCUGUGACCGUAGGAUUAUUAUUAUCACAAGUACUGGGUAUAGAACAAAUUUUAGGAACAAAUGAUGGCUGGCCCGUGCUGUUAGGGCUCGCCAUCUGUCCAGCUUUAUUACAAUUAAUACUCUUACCUAUUUGUCCCGAGUCACCUAGAUAUUUACUAAUUACGAAACAGUGGGAGGAAGAAGCGCGGAAAGCCCUACGGCGGUUAAGGGCGUCCAAUCAGGUAGAGGAAGACAUCGAAGAGAUGCGUGCUGAAGAGCGGGCGCAGCAGUCGGAAAGCAGCAUAUCUACGAUCGAACUGAUAUGCUCGCCGACGUUGCGGGCGCCACUCAUCAUCGGAAUUGUGAUGCAGCUGAGUCAGCAGUUUAGUGGAAUUAACGCCGUAUUCUACUACUCGACGUCGCUCUUCAUGAGCUCAGGUCUAACGGAGGAAAGUGCUAAAUUUGCCACAAUAGGAAUCGGUGCAAUAAUGGUUGUGAUGACACUCGUAUCAAUACCACUAAUGGAUAGAACCGGUCGACGGACACUGCAUUUAUACGGAUUAGGUGGAAUGUUUAUAUUUUCAAUAUUCAUAACGAUAUCGUUUUUAAUAAAGGAGUUUUUUGGUUACGUGCAGGAAAUGAUCGACUGGAUGUCCUACCUGUCGGUGGUGUCUACGCUGGCGUUCGUGGUGUUCUUCGCCGUCGGGCCGGGCUCGAUUCCGUGGAUGAUUACUGCCGAGCUGUUCAGCCAGGGGCCGCGGCCGAGCGCGAUGGCGAUCGCGGUGCUGGUCAACUGGAUGGCGAACUUCGUUGUUGGAAUUGGUUUCCCAAGUUUAAAGACUGCCUUGGAAAAUUAUACAUUCCUACCGUUUAGUGUAUUUUUAGCAAUAUUUUGGAUAUUUACAUACAAAAAGGUUCCUGAGACCAAAAACAAAACAUUCGAAGAAAUUUUAGCUCUAUUUAGGCACGGGAAUGGAAGACAUAUUCGUGAUAGUAGACUGUACGGGAGUAUGCUAAACUGCGUAAAUAACCUGGAGCCGCAGAGUAUGAACUCGGGCAUCGAACGUGCCGCGCUGAUGAUCUCCGAGGAAAAGACCCAGCACGACUCACUGUUCGGAACGACGGGAACGCUGGACGGUGAGAUGGGGCCCUAUCCGGUAGGGGACGCCAACCUGCUGGGGCCCACAUCGCGUGUGUUCGGCACGACGGGUACGCUGGAUGGAGAGAUGGGCCCAUACCCGGUGGGCGAUAGCACCAACCUCCUGGGGACGCAGUACUUUAGUACCGGCUAUGGCACCGACGCCCUGACAAUCGGUUCCGGUCGGUACAACUACGGAACGACGGGACCAACCGUGGUUAGUACAACUUGCUCACCGAUGCCAAAACGAAGGACACCCGGUGUGGGCCGGAGAGCACCCCUCGGUGCCGGUAGUAGUGGCGGUGGCGGUGACCGCCAUGAAACAAGUGGUGGAUGCUCCAACGGCAGUAGUGGGAUAGCCCCACGGGACAGUUUUCGACGGCACUCGGCGCACGGACGGAUAGUUUCCUCAGCUGCAUCCGAGCGUUGUUCCGAAAACGCAAGAAAUACUCAAAUGCGAACUGCUACCUGUGCGCCUCAUCACCAUCAUCAGCAAGUACCUGUCUGCCAGAACACAGGGCCUUGACUGAAGAGCACCGCCUUGACCCCUAGCUCGUUUGCCAACUCGCAGUACGUCAGCAUAGAGCACGACGAUGAAGACGAGGAGCGAGCACCCAUCAACGACGGUAGAACAUCAUCCAUGUCAUCGAAGCAUCACCAUCACGCACCGUGCA